GUUCGGCGCGAUCGUUAUGGGAGACGACGUCGCAUCAAACGAGAUCUCGUGAACAUCGAGAAGAAGGGUGUGGCUGGGCUCCGGCUUAAUUCGACAUCCACAUUUACUUCCGAAGCAGCCACCACCGCCAGCCUCACCACUUCUUGUGCUGCCACCACCUCUUCUGGUACCCCAAGUUCUUCAAAUCUAAAUACGGAUUUUUCAGAUUCUCAAUUAUCUAACCCAGCGGUAGAUGGCGUUAAACUCACAGAUAUACCACUUUCGACGAGCCCUAUUUUAGAUGAAGGUAGCAUAUUUUCGGAUAACCGCCUUUAUUUACCCCAUCUUAUUUUUUUUCAUAACGGUUUAUCUGCAUAUGGUAGUGAUACAGACUAA